AUUUUGAAUACACACGGUACACAGCUAGCUGACUAUUUGCGGGGAUAUUAUUUUGACUUCUUUGAAGAUUAUUUAAGACUAGUACUGCCACAAAUAAACAGGCAGACAUGGACUUAGAAGAGAAGAUUGAGAGGUUGAAGCGGGAGCUGUAUGAGAGUGAAGCCAAUGUUCACAAAGCAGCUUCUUUUGGUAAAGAUCUCCUUGAAACAAAUAGAGAACUAGAGCAGAGAAAUGAGGAUCUCAUCAUUGAACACACCAGACAGAUCGAGGAGCUGGAACAGGAAAAGUACUCUCUUCAGAUGCAGCUGGCCAACAAUAAGAGUAUGGAGCGCCACAAUGCCUCUGAGAUUGAGAAUCUGAAGCAGGAGACCAGAAGGCUGAAGGAGCGCCUGGAGCUGGAGCACUCCCGGGAGGUCCAGAAGGUUAAGACCACCUGUGAAGGUGUCAGGUCUGAUCUGGAGCUAGCCAGGAUCCAGAAUGAACAGCUCAGGGAACAGGUGUCUACUUUGGAGAAUGAUUUGGAAGAAGCCAGGAGUAUAUCAAACAUAACAAUCAUGGAUGUGACUACAACAUCAGAAGAAAGAUUGUCUACAAUACAGGAAGACGUUAUCAGCUUGACCACUGAAAAGUUGCAGCUUUCGAGUCGUGUGAAAGACAUGGGUCAUGAGUUGGAGCAGCUUCGAUUCACCAAUCAUAAACUGAAAGUAAGAAAUGAGGAGGUGGAAGGGAGAGCAGAAGAGGAACAUCAGCAAUGUCUCACAUACUCUAGAUCACUUCAGGAAACUCACAAGCAACUUGAGGAACUCCAAGCUGAGCUAGACCUGAUCAAGCUAGAGUCAACAGAUCCUAACAAAAAGGGAAAUUCUCUAUUUGCUGAGGUUGAAGAUAAGCGUCAGGCUAUUGAGAAGAAGAUGAUCAGUCUCCAAAUUCACCAUGAUGCUCUCCAGAAACAACUCAACCACAAGAAGCAACAGGUGCAUGGUCUCAAGUACCAGAUUGCUGGACUUCUCCAGAUGGACAGAGGUAGAGUAGCAGCUGACCAAGUGGAGCGGUUAGAGCAGAUGUUAAGUCAGAGCAGAGGAGAAGUCCAGACUCUCACACAGAAGCUCCAAACUGUACAGAAUCAAAAGAUGCCAGCAUUUUCAGCUAACCAGGCUGAGGGAGCUGGAGUUAACAUGGAUCUAGAUGGUUUGAAGCGGUUUUAUCAGAGCAAACUGGAACAAGUCAAGAAAGAGAAAGAGAAGAUGGAGAGAGAGCUUCGGUCGGAGCGGACAAAGCGUAUGUCUCUGGAGGAUCAACUAAUUGAGUGCCAGCGAACACUUUACGGAACCGAGAGAGAGGUCCAGCGUAUCAAGUCAGCCAAUGUCAUGAUCACUCUUAAGAUGGAUGAACUCAAAGCCAAGCUGGCUGAGAAUGGUAUUGUUGUAGACAAAGAGGUGAAAGGAGGUUACACUGAAAAGAUUCCUAUUUCUGAGAAAUAUAAGAAGAAACCCAAAGAACCAACAGAAAAGAAAACAGCUACAGAGAUUCCAGGUUCAUUCUCUGGACCAACAGUAGAUAAAUGUCCGCAAUCAACAAGGGCGUCAGCAGCAGCAGCAACCAUACAGGACCAUAGAGAGCCUCUUACAGAGCAAGAACCCAACCUAUCUCUAGCAGACGUACCUCUCACAAGGGAUGCAGGGUCAAAGAAGAAGUGUGUGUCUAUCAUGGAGGACGUUACAGUGGUGGAUGACGACGGCAGCCGGACCAAGCGAAGUGUGACGGAAGACGAGGAGAUGGCGGAAUUGAAAAAGAAACAGAAAAAGGAAGGGACAAUGAAGGAGGAUGGAGAUGGUUCGUCGAGGGGGAAGAGAGGUGGGAGGGUGGUCCGGAAUGUGCCUCAUAUUCAUGUUGCAAAGGGUGAAAAGGCGGAGUGUAAACAACAAUGAUGACAUAGAUAUUUGUUUAUUUUAACAUACAUGUACAUAAAAUUCCUACAUAUCACUUGUACGUUCUAUGACUCCAGAGACAGUUGACGUGCGGUCGACUGCGUAGAUAAACUAAUUAUCUCAAUUCAACCCUGCAUCAAUCACUCUACCCAACCCUUAUCUUUACCCAGAAUCAAACUACAAACACAAUUAUCCAAAAUGUCUGAUAAGUUAAGGCCAUCUCAGGAGCACAUGAUUGUAAGGUCACGCACAUGAACUGAAGCCAUUGACUUGGCUAAAGAAUCACCAAAUUGCAUAUCAUUUACAAUAAUUUCUGAUAAAUACGUAAAGAAAAAAAACAAGUGACAGACUGAUCAAAGUGGGGAAUCCUUGGUGAUCAUGAAAAUAUGAUGGUGCAGGAUUUUGUACUUGUACUGUUUUAUGACGCGUACAUGUAGUUCUUCGGUCAGUAUUUGGUGGUGCAGGCUAAAGGGUUGAUUGGUGCUGGUCAUGUGGAAAAUUCUAUAGCAAUUUGAUGAUGCCUUGGGUUUUUAGCACAGCUGCGAAAUGGUGUUCAAAGCAUUCAACGAAUGCUUCCUAACAAAUAUCCUAUUUACAUAUCUUUGGUCGAGAAAGAUAUUUAUCGAAACAGAAUUUCUACACACUUUCAGCAAAAUACUAAAUUAAUAAGCAAGGUAUAAAUCUACAUUGCUCCUUUGGAUUUUUUAAAGGAGCUAGAAAGAUAUUGAGUAGCUUUCAUAUUGCAGUAUUUCAAAAGUGAAAGGAAAUAUAUAUUUUUAGGAAGAAAAAAUUAUACCAUGCAUUUCUUUAACAUAUAUUACUAAAGAUCACUAAUACAUUAAUUAAAAGUAAUUAUUGGUAUGAUUUUACAAAUAAUGAUUUUCCUACUAAGUAAUAAUAACAAUGACUUAGUGAUAAUGUUAACUUCAGUAUCUUCAAUCAAGUCACUGAAUCACUGUCGAUUCCAACUGGCUGUUAAGACUUCUUCCCUCUGAAAUAGUAUAAACAAACAAAAAGUGAAUAUAUCAUCUGAAUACAUUUUCUGUUAUCUUUGUUGUUUCCAUGUUUCCCAUUUCCAGUCAAAUAAUCUAUUUCAAGUAAAUGUAAAUCGCUUUUUUAGGAGUUACCUAUAUCCAAGAGACAUGAUAGUAUCACACUAGGUAAAGCUACCACAAAA